UUGUUGAUCGAGACAAUUGGAUUUGAAUUCAGUAUUAUGGACAGCUCGUUAAUUCAUCUGUGUAUUAUGCAAUCCUCCGUAACAAUUAUAAUUGAAGAAAAAAACAUAUUACAUGAUUUCUAGCUAAAAACGAUUAGAGUCGAGAAUUGCAAAAUGAAAGAAACAGAGUAUACUUUAGCUACAUACAUACAUGUCGGAUAUAAUUAUAUAAGUAUAUAAUUAUUUCUUAAUUUAAAACAUACACUUUUUAUUCCUCACAUGCUGUAUAAAUAUCCUUCAAAAUUUCACUUUCGUACAUUUAUUCAGUCCGUUAUAAAAAAUUGUCAAAGACAAAUCUCGAACAAUCAGAUCCUCCAGUGCUGUUAAUGGCGCGUCUUACUAUUUCCGAUUAAAGAAAUAGCAUCAUAAUCAGAAAGACAAAGAAUUUCUAGGAGAUCUUAGAGAAGCGAAGCUAUUAUUUAUAAAGGGCAGAAGAUAUCCGAGUGAGAAUGUUAUGCAGUAAAUGCAUAUCUCGUAAACUACGCACACCUGUUCACUACAGCCUGGCAAUAUCUCCACGUAGUGAAGAAUUCUUUCAUGCUUGAACGACGAUCAGUACUUGACCUUAGAAUACUAAUGAGCCGUGGCGUGUAUAUCUGCACUAUCGCGAGCUGCAUCGCCGCCAUUCAGCCGUUGCUGCUCGCGUGAACUGAGAGAAUAAUCGAGUGAAAAGAAUGCAAGAAUUCAACUGAAAAUUAUAUCUUGGCCGAGAUUGUGCAAAAAUUUAAUUACUACAAAUUCCAUUUCUGCAUUUUUACUUUUCUGCGAGAAUAAAAAGAUCUAAUGAAAUUCGAAUUGCGUAUUAUUUAUGACUAUCUGCUACUUUGCCUAUUCAUUCCACGAGAAACUUAAUUUUGCUUAAAAUUUUUGAAAGUAAUAUCUUCUAUUCAAUUUUUUAAAUUCAUAGUAAAAAAAAUACAAAUGUUCAAGAUAGAUUUUGCAUUACAUUGCUCGUGUCAAUAUGAAAAAUGAUAGUGCCUCACUUUUUGUAUUUGUUUAUUUCAAAUCCAAAUAUUGCAGAUAUCAGAUGUUCGAGCCAAAUAUUUGCUCGCUAAAAUAUAAUAUUCGUUAAAUAUUCGUACAUUUGUAUGAAUAUUCGAUUCUUAUGUAUCUCUAUUCCUUCUCGCGUCUUUGUUUACAGGAUCUUUUAUCUGCAUGUAUAAAUCUUGGCUCGCUUCAUUUUAUCUUAAUUGUCAAUAUUUAACGUAACUCGCGGCGAAAUCUGUGUGUUACCAAUUAAAUGACCAUGAUAUAUCAAUGAUACUGAUGCAUUCGUAUAAUUAGGGAAUAAUAUACCGGAGGUUCGCAUGACAAUUAUCUCGUAUCCCGCAGCGUAUCAUCUGGUUAGCACAUGUGCCGCACGCACGAUCAUACACACGUAUGCAAUCUGUGUAUUUGCACGGGGGUCACUCGCACACGUAUUAGUAUGCACGUGCAGUACGCAUGCACGCAUGGAGUUCCAUUAUCCUCGAUUGCGUUCACCACUAGCCUACAUUUCUUUGUAUUUAUAUGAAAUGCCAUGUGCUAAAUAGACUACUAUUAAAUACAACGUACUCCUCGCGAAAAUUCACAAUUAUUUAUACGCGAUUAACCCAGUUAUCACUCAGACAAAUUCAAUGCAAACAUCUAAAGAAAUGAAAUUAUAAUUGAAAAGACUUCAUUCCUUUAAACAGUGCAGCGAUGAAUUAAAACUGUAUAUAUUUCUAUAUUUGCAACAGAAUUAACCUAUAGUUUAAUUUAAAACUACAUAAUAAUAUUAAAAGAAGUCAUUUCUAAAAUAUGAAAUACUUUUAGUAAGGUUAUUAGUUGCAAAACAUUAUUUUAUUUAGGAUAAGAGAAAAUCUUUUCAGAUAAAAUCAAACUUUAUAAUUAAAAUCGGACAAAUCAUCGAAAGAUAAAGAAGAGAAAAUUGAAAACAGAAAUAUAUUAUGGUUUUGAUUAACAGUCAAAAAUCACACAUACGUGACAAUAGCACAUAAAUUAUUCUUUGUCAAUUUAUUAAAAAUAAAAAGAAACUCUGUAAGUAUGCUUGAAUAAGAUUUUUGUAUAAUCUACUAUAAAUAACAUUGUCACGCCACUGUUGUGUUCAAAAUGCAUAUUUACGCGUAUAUAUCUAUUUGAUUGUGUCCGAUAAUUGAUAAAGUUACGUAUGAACUAAUGUUUUGUAUAUAUCUGACGAAAUUUAUAUAUAAAGCAAGACUUUUGAUACGUAUUUUCAACUAAUUUUUAGCUCAGUUCUGCCUUGUUUAGAUUUUAUUUGUGCAGCAUAUCUCAUGCGGCAUAUUUUAUUAUAACAGUUCUUGUUAGCUAUAAUUAUAAGAACAAAAAGACAUUUCAAUAUAAUGUAUAAUAUUUAUCCUGUAUAGAAAUAAACAAAAAUUAAAUGAGUAAAUAUUAAUUUGUGAAACUGAGUUUCACAGUAUAUCGUGUGUAUCUUCGGAAAGAUAAAAAAAAAAAAACAUGCGCAUAUCUCGUCUGCGCAUUCAUAUAUAAUGAUUCUCAUUAAUUUCUCACAAUCUUAUAUAAGAACAUGAUAUAAGCUAAGAUUAGUUGAACAACAUUACAAGCAGAAGGUUGUAAAAUUGAAUAAAGGAUAUUCAAAGAAAUUUAUAGUGAAUAAAUUUUAAUAGAAACUGUCAAUUUAUAUACUGGUAAUUUGGAUAAAUAAGUAUCUCUCAUAAAAUGUGGUUCUUUAAUAAAACGUGGUUCUUCAAUGAAAUGUGUACGAGCAAAGCACGUCUUGACGGCAAAACCGUUGUGAUAACGGGAGCAAGUGAUGGUAUCGGCAAGGAGACUGCUAGAGAUUUAUACGCGAGAGGCGCUAGAGUAAUUCUGGCUUGUAGAAAUAUGGAAAAGACAAAUAAAGUAGUCGAAGAUAUAAAAAAUAAUCCACCUUCAAGAAUUACAGAGGAGGAAUAUAAGACUAACGUAGGCGAGCUUGCAAUUUAUUGUUUAGAUCUGAGUAGUUUGAAGAGCGUGAAAGAUUGCGCUAAGAACUUGCUGACAAAUGAAGCAGCUAUUCACAUACUCAUAAAUAAUGCCGGUGUAGCUGUUCCAUAUUUUCAAAAAACGAAGGACGGACAUGAGACGACAUUACAAGUCAACUAUCUUGGUCAUUUUCUUUUGACUCUUCUACUUUUGCCAAAAAUGCAAUUAUCUUCUCCCAAUUGCAGAAUAGUCAAUGUCUCAUCGAUUACAUAUUUUACUGUCGACAUAGAUUUUGAUGAUAUUAAUUUGGAGAGAUGUUAUACGGAAUAUAAAAGUUAUGCACGGACUAAACUGGCAAACAUUCUUUUCACUAAGGAACUCGCUCGUCGAUUAAAAGAAGCAAAUAUUCAUGGAAUAAACGUAUACUGUUUACACCCUGGUUUUAUACAAACCAAAAUAUAUAAAAAUUUUGGUUCAUCGAUCGGUGUCAAUGAUUCAAUAUUUCCAUGGAACAUUUGUUCUUUUAUUUUUAAUCUAUUAUUUUGUAAAAAUGUUGAACAAGGAGCUCAAACAAUAAUAUACUGUUCAGUAGAUGAAAAGACAGCUAAUGAGACCGGAUUUUAUUAUUCAAAUUGCAAUGUUGGAAAUACGUAUCGAAAGGCAAAUGAUCAUCAAUAUGCCAAAAAAUUGUGGAAUGUAUCUUGUCGUCUUUUAGAUCUGGAACCAGAAGACGAUUUUACCCAAUUUUUGGAAACCGUUUCACGUCAAAUGCUUUAGAAAGCUCUGUUUUGUAAAAAUUUUAAUAAAAACUUGAUAUUAUUAUCUUUAAUAAAUAUAAUGUUUCAUAAAAUAACUAAACAUAAAAAUAUGUAUCAAUAAAUACCGAUAAAUUUAAUAAAAACUUCAUAAUUUAAUUCAUUUAUCUUAAAUUCAAAUUCCAAGUUAGUUAUAUGUAUUUAUAUAAUUUGAAUAUACACAUACAAUAGUCGAUGCUAUAUUUCUUGUUUGUUUACUCUUUUUUAAAUUAUAUAUAUUUCAAGUUUUAUAAUUAUAUAGUCUCACACAUGAGAUUGACGAUCAAAAUCUUUUAUAUUAAUUCAAAUCUGUAUAAAAAACUGUCCAUACAAAAGCAUAACGAGAUGCUUUUUAAGCACAAUAUAAAAAAAUUAAAUUAAUUAAUUCUUUAUAAUUACAACAUCAUUAAUACGUAGUCUUUAAUAAUAUGAAAAGAAAAUAGAAGAUUAUUUCCGGCAAAAAAUAUUAUACGUACGGUUAGGUAUUAGAAAGAUAUUUGAGGGCAAAUUCACCUUUUUCAUCAUGUCGACUGGGACACACGAAAGCGCACUUACGGCGAGCGGUAAAAAUCUUUUUACACGCGUGACACACCGGCCAAUUUGCCCGAAAGAGUCGGGAGCAAGUUUUGCCGGAAUUCGUUUUCCAACUUCUCGUACGUAACCCAAAGAAAAGUUUUCUUUCUAACGCGAAAGAACGGUGUCCAUUUCGUAAGUUCGAGAUUACGCGCAUGGGUAUAGCUAGCAGGGUGCUAGCGAGUCGAUUUUCCUUUACGAAUUUUCUUUGAUCAUUUUUUAAUCAAUCUGUCCUGCGACUUCGUUCACGUUUGCAUCCGAUGUGGACACGUUUCUAGCGAAAAAAAUUCGUUAUGAGUUUUUCCAACGGUAUCGGUUUACGUCACGAGCGAUAUUUCGUCAACUAACAUCGAGUGAACAUUGCGUACUCUCGACUGGUGACGUACGUGCGCACACGACCGCUUGCUUUCCGCAUAAAAUGUUAAUCCAAUCCGCCGAAUGUACUUCCGCACAAUUUACCGCCUUCCGUUCCAUUUCUCUCGGACGGCAAUAUCUAUCUGUUCAAAUUUCAGUCUAUUCCGCUCAUGAAAAAAUCAUUCCCAUUUAAAGUUACAAAAAAAAAAAAAA